AUGAAACCUCUGGCUACUAAUCAAGACAGGAGCCGGACUGAGCGCACUCCACCAGCCAGAACCCGUGAUCUCAAGUGCUUUAGGUGUCAAGGGUUUGGGCAUUAUGCCUCUGAUUGCUUGAACAAGAAAGUGAUGAUCAUCCGCGACAAUGGAGAGAUUGAGUCCGAGGAGGAUCCAGAGCCGGAGAAACCAGAGAAAGAAGAAGAACCUGAGGAGUAUGAAGCCGUGCCUGUCCAAGGCAGACUUUUGGUGGCCAGACGUGUCUUGAGUACUCAAGUCAGACUGACAAGAUGA